UAAAAGAGGAGGAGCCGCAUGCACGCGCGCCGCGGGCCUCAGUGGGAGGGAGGCACACGUUCCCGCGCCGCACCUUCAGUCCGCGUGCAGGCCACAGCCUUUUUCCCCGCCGUUUGGGAGCCUCGAGACCCGCCAGACGACGCCCGCUUCCCGCCACUCGCGCACCGUUGUUGUUGUUGCUGCUGAGAGGACACGCCCAUCAGAGAUGGCCAAAGCGGACCAGCGCUACGGUCAGCGGGACGGCUCGGACCAGAACUUUGACUACAUGUUCAAGCUGCUCAUCAUCGGCAACAGCAGCGUGGGGAAGACAUCCUUCCUCUUUCGCUACGCCGACGACUCCUUCAGCAACUCCUUCGUCAGCACGGUGGGCAUCGACUUCAAGGUGAAGACCGUCUACCGCAACGACAAGAGGAUCAAACUGCAGAUUUGGGACACGGCGGGACAGGAGCGGUACCGCACCAUCACCACGGCGUACUACCGCGGCGCCAUGGGCUUCAUCCUCAUGUAUGACAUCACCAACGAGGAGUCCUUCAACGCCGUGCAGGACUGGGCCACUCAGAUCAAGACGUACUCGUGGGACAACGCCCAGGUCAUCAUGGUGGGCAACAAGUGCGACAUGGACGAGGAGCGAGUGGUCGCCCCCGAGAAAGGCAAACACUUGGCCGACCAACUGGGUCUGGAGUACUACGAGGCCAGCGCCAAGGAGAACAUCAACGUGCGGCAAGUCUUCGAGCGCCUGGUGGACGUCAUCUGCGUCAAGAUGUCGGAGCGGGUGGACGUGGAGGCGCCGGCGGUCCCCGGCACCAAGACGGCCAGACUGAGCGACAAGCCGGCCCAGCUACCUCAGAAGUGCUGCUGAUGGGCCGCCGCCGCCAUGGCGUGGAUCAACUGUGGUCACAUUCCUCAGUCGUGCUGGCGUCUCACACACACAUUCACACACACUUCCUUCCACUUGUUUGACUGCCAUCUGUCUUCUUGUUGUCAUUGUGUGAGCCUCCCUCCGCCAAGGCACAACGCAAGUUACUUCAUCCGCCACUUCAAUUUGUUCCAGUGAGGAAGGGAAAGAUGGAAAAAGCUUUUGUCUUCACAUUCACGCCAUAGGAACUCAUAGAACUUAUUCUCGCGCCAUUUUUGAAAAACGAAGCAAACUUAAAACAAACCAACGGAAGGAGAAAUACCGUUUUCGCGCUUUGACUGGCCGCUUCUCACUGAGCUACGUUCUAGAACAAUCCGUAGUCGACUUGAAGGACGCCCUCAGGCCGCGUCACCAACGCACAACUCUCAGGCCGAGUCGCAGCCGCCACCGUCAGCCCAAAAGCCGGGGCAAUGUUGAUCCUUGACUGUCCUUUUGUCCGGGUAGCCUCCCUUUUUCCUUUUUUUGUCUCUUCAGGCACAACUUUUCGUUUCUUUGGUUGUUUUGGAGAAAACGUAAAACAAACCAACGGAAGGACAAAUAUUAUUUCCGCAUUUUGACUGGUUUUAGAACAAUCCGUAGUCGACUUGAAGGGCGCCCUCAGGCCGCGUCACCAACGCACAACUUUCAGGCCAUCGUCAGCCCGAAAGCCGGGGCAAUGUUGAUCCUUGACUGUCCUUUUGUCCGGGUAGCCUCCCUUUUUCUUUUUUUGUCUCUCCAGGCAAAACUUUUCGUUUCUUUGGUUGUGACCAACGCACAACUCUCAGGCCGAGUCGCAGCCGCCAUCGUCAAGCCUCAAUAAUCGCACUUAGCAAAAAAAGAAUGAAAAAUGGCGUGAAACUCGACGGACGAGUGUCAUGUAGCUUGUACUCUGGGGUCCACAUGGCGGUGGAGAAGACGUUGUCGUGGUUCCCUCCCUGCGUGUGUGUGUGUGUGUGUGUGUGUGUGUGUGUGUGUGUGUGUGUGUGUGUGUGUGUGUGUGUGUGUGUGUGUGUGUGCUGCAUUUAAUUAUCAUGAUAUUAACUGUUGUGUUUGUGCACAGUAUCUUUGAGCUGAUGAAAUAACGUGUGUGUGCUAAAAAAAACAGCAAAGAAAAGACAAAAGUUUGAGUGCAUUUCCGGUCCAAUCUUCUGCCAAAAUGCGUCUCCCAGCUCACGUUUUGUUGGUAACCGAUGACUAUAUUGUAUUGUUCAUUCAUUCUGGUGACUUUGUACACGAUAGAUUGAUUUAGAAGUUCUGAUGCUGUGAAGUUAUUUUGUUUGCCGUGUUGAGGAAGUUGAUGUACACUUGUUGUCUUACAGUUUCUGUCCCAUUUGGAGGACAAGCACAAAGUGAUUGUACAAAUAUUGUCAAUGUUUGUAUAUUAUAGAUGCAAUUUAGUACAGUAUAGUAAAAUAUUAACAAUCUUUACUCAUAGUGUUUGUCUGAUUUGACUUUUACACAAAUACAGUAGAUUUAAAAGAUCCUCCUCAAGACUGUUUAUUUUUCUCAAUUCAUUUUUUCGUAUACAUAAUUUCAUAUUCAUAUGCUAGUUCUGACCAAACUGAGCUUCAAUGUUUUUAUGAAUUUCCCCCAAAAAUGUAAUAGAACAUAAAAU